AGUUCGGUGAGGAGGGCAGAAGCAAGGGUUGCACUUCCUUCGUCUUCGGGUCGCGACCUGUCAAGUUCGCCGACGAACGCGGCGCCUCUUUUUUUUUUUGCCUUCAAAAUAAACAAAGCGCGUUUCGAGGAGUUGGUGGACGUUCAACGCGUGGGUGAAGUUGGCCGAAACGCAAAUUUGAAUUUUGACACUUUGCGUCAUUUGAUGUCGGGAUUAUCUCACUCAACAGUGCUCGACUCACGAUGUGAUUAUAGUCAUAUUUUACAAUUUAUUUAUCUUUUACUUUUUCAUUUUUUUUACGAGAAAAUGUGCGGAAUAGAGAAAUGGUGUACACGUGUAAAUGCUGAAUUUUAAAUUCAGCAAUGUCCCGUCAAGAACUUGGACAAAUGGGUGCUGAACUUUUAUUUUGGGAAAUUCACCGGAAAAGGACCCCCUCAUCCGGAGCGGCAAGCUUGUCAGCUGGUUGAGGAAGGAGGGGGGGGCGCCCGCUACACGUUUUAAACCUGCUUUUCGCCUUCAAACUGGACUUUUCUCCUGUGACGACGCCGGCGGGGAUAAUGGCUGGCCUUUCGGCCUGGUUCUGGAACGAGAGGUUCUGGCUGCCGCACAACGUCACCUGGGCGGACCUCUCCGAGCGGGCUGCCGGGGUGGAGUACCCCCAAGCCGGGCACUUGUUGGCCGCCUUGCCGCUGGCCGUGGGGAUGUUCGCCUUCAGGAUGCUCUUCGAGAGAUUUGUCGCCAGUACGUGUGCGAGACUCCUCGACAUUCAUCCUGACGUCGAACGAAAAGCUCAGCCCAACGCAGUGCUGGAGAAAGUCUUUACAUCCAUCACAAAGAAUCCAGACUCGCGCCAUCUGGACGGGCUGUCCAAGCAGUUGGACUGGCAGGUGCGCAAGGUGCAGCGCUGGUUCCGACAGCGCAGGAACCAAGACAAACCCAGCACGCACGCUAAGUUCUGUGAGAGCAUGUGGAGGUUAACAUUUUAUUUGAGCAUAUUUAUGUAUGGCUUCCAGUUUCUCUGGCAGACCCCUUGGAUGUGGGAUACGCGGCACUGCUGGUAUGGUUACCCUUAUCAGGUGUUGACGCCCGCCCUUUACUGCUACUACGUGACGGAGCUGGCCUUCUACUGGUCACUCUUGUUUUCACAGUUCACUGACAUUAAACGGAAGGACUUCGUGGCCAUGUUUGUUCAUCACCUGGCGACGGUGGGCCUGAUCAGCUUCUCCUACGCCAAUAACAUGGUGCGGGUGGGCACCCUGGUGAUGUUUGUGCACGACGCCUCCGACUUCCUGCUCGAGGGCGCCAAACUGGCCAACUACGCCAAGUAUCAGCGGCUAUGCGACCUCCUCUUCAUCGUAUUUAGCUUGACCUUCUUCGCUACGCGGCUUGUCAUAUUUCCAAUAUGGGUCCUGAACUCCACCAUGUUUGAGAGCUGGCUGAUCGUGGGGCCGUUCCCGUCGUGGUGGCUCUUCAACGUGCUGCUGCUGGUGCUGCAGGUCCUGCACGUCGUCUGGUCUUACCUCAUCGCGCGGAUCGCCAUCAAAGCCGUCCUGAGGGGCAAGGUGUGCAACGACGUGCGCAGCGACGUGGAGAGCAGCUCCGAGGAGGAGUCGCCGGCGUCAGACCGGACGACGCAUCCGCGAAAAGCCGAAAACGGCACCAACGGACACUGCCCUGCCGCCAAGAGCAGACCUCCCGCCACGCCCACGUGACCUCCUGAGAC